UUUGCUAAGUGAUAAUAAUAAAUGGUGAUAAACACUAUGAUAAAUCUCGAUUUGAUUUCUAAUAAUUUUCUUUAAAAAUUAUCCGUUCUCUUGUCAAUAACUAAAGGUUAAAUUAAUACAUACUACAAUUUCACAAUGUUAACUUAAAUAAUGGUUUGGGUAAACAUUUUCAGCUGAUUAGAAUUUUAGCAACUUAUAAAAGAAAAAUCAAAAUUUCGGAAUCAUAUGAUAAAGUACAGUUUCCUGUAAUUAUCGUCACCUAUUAAUACAAACUUUUAAAAUCUAAGGUUAGAAAACCAAUUUGACAGAGUUAAACGUCAAAAAUUGUUUAGAUGUUGCAUUUUAUGUUAAAUCAACUUACAAAUCCUUCCACUUUAUGUAAUUUAUUUUUAGCCUUGUUAGUUUGCUUAUCUUGGUACCAAGCAAUAGCUUUACAAAGGUUUUUCAACUCAGAUUCUUGCUGAAAUAAAAAAAAAUAGAUGAAAUGCCUUUAACAGCAGAUACCAUAGCUGCCCAACAUGUACAAGAACGUUUAAAAGCUUUGUACCAAUUGGUGCAUGACAUUGAGAAGAAGAGACAACAAAGUGAACAUGGGAUUAAUAAUAUUCAGAAAAUGCAAAACUCUCAAGAUGAGAAAUCCUCACAACAUUAUCAGAUGAAAUUAAAAGGUUUAUACAAAAACGCAAUAGCUCACGCUGAACAAGAAGAAGAAGUCUUGAGAAAAGCUUUACAAAAAAUCACCGAAAUACGGAACAUUAAAAACGAACGUAGAAUUCAGACUCGUCAUACAAUUAAUAAAGACACCAUUCGUCGCGGUCCUUGGAUGAAAAUGUUACUAAGUUCUGCACAAACACUUCCGUUAUUCGUAAGUAAAAUUGGUGAAAAACCACCGCCUUUAUGCGGUGCUGUUCCCGCCGAUCCAAAUUAUGUAGCCAAGGUUGGCGAUAUGGUGGCCGCUUUGGUUAAAGUAGCCGACGGUGAUGGUGAUUGCAUCCUAGCGGAAGUAGUCAGUUAUAAUCACACCACGAAUAAGUACGAAGUUGACGAUAUUUUGGAAGAACAAAAUCAAAAGGAACGUCACACGUUGAGUAAGCGACGAGUUAUACCUUUACCGUUAAUGAGAGCAAAUCCUGAAACUGACUCUAGUGCUUUAUUUCCACUAGGAACAGUAGUGAUGGCUUUAUAUCCACAAACGACCUGUUUUUAUAAAGCUAUUGUAAAUAAGCAACCUGCGACUCAUAUGGAUGAAUAUGUAUUGUUGUUUGAAGAUCCAAGUUAUGCUGAAGGUUACAGUGAUCCUUUGUGUGUUGCUCAACGUUACGUUAUUGCCUUAAAACUGAAAACAAAACAAGCUUGACCCUCAGUGUCUGACAAAUUAUUGUCAGACUCUGAGGAAUCUACUGUCGAAUAAGUAAAAGAAUUAUAGUAUGUUUGAUAUUCUUUGUAUUUAUAAGAAGCUAAAUAAGAUUUUGUAGAUGCUUUUUUUUUAAGGUUAAUGUUGAUAUAUUACUCUUAAGAAAUAUAAAAUUCAAUGUAAUUGACAAUGAAGGUUUAUCUUUAAAUGAAGAUUGUCAAUAUAUUUCUUUUUUGCAUAAGUACUCUAUUUUAAAAUGUAGAGGGUGUGAAACUGAAACGUCUGCCUGUAGUUAGGUAAUUAAAUAUGCAUCGCCUGUUAUAGAUUUGUAACUUUUUAAGAAGUAUUCAAUAAAGGUCGUUUAAACACGUAAAAGUGA